UGACCCCUGCAAGUCCUCUAUCUUUUCAGAAAUGUGAAAUUUUUGGAUUUAAUGGAAAGACAGAUACCUUCAGUUGGGCUGCUGACAAGCUAGUAUGAUUUCAUUCUCCAGACACACGCUCCUUCUUGUAAAGGAUUCUGAAUAGUCUAGUUCAACAAGCAUUUUCCUGUACCAGGAAUUAUUAUAAUUAGAACUACUGCUAGAGGGCAUUCAAAACACUGCACAUAUUGCUGUGCUACAGUGUGUUGCACACAAAAGGUGUGCGUGUUUAUGGGGGGCAAUAGAUCAGCAGAGAGUGUAUGGAAUCGUAGCAGGUGGGUGUAUGUUUAAAUUAGUAUGGAGUUAAGCAGCUGAAUUUUUGUCAGUAAAAAGAGGCUUUGUCUGUACUUAUUCCCAUCAUCUUGUGGGAAAAUACCAUGUGCUUUGUGUCAAACUCUCUCUGAACUCAACUGAAAUUUCACUUGGCUCGAGGGAGCAAACACAGGAGCUCAGGUGUCGCUGACAGCUGGAAAGCAGAGAACUAUCAGGUUUCAAAGGAACAACGAGGACGUUCGGAUAAUCUGAUGGAUCUGAUGGCUGUGCAUUUCUAACCUUAGUGAAUUGCCUAGUGAAACCGAAUCAAUAACAGAUCGUGAGAGGAUAAAGAGAGGUAAAAGAAGGAAGAUUUGUGGAAUACGCACAGAAGCACCCGAGGCAGGAGGCUUCGUUCCCCGCUGUGCUGGAUGAAGGAGCCAAGCCGGGACCUGCUGCCUGCCCUCGCCCAUGGAGCGUCCCGCAGCCACCGUGGCACUCGCCCUCUCGGGACUGGCGCUGACUUUCUGCUUUGAGCGGCUCUAUUCCGCCUCCCAUCCCUGCAGUGAAUGGGGAAAUACUCUGUUUAGACUCAAUACAGCAUUUCUAACCACCUUGAGAGAUGGUGAAGUAUUCAACGAAGAUACUUCAGCACAGCACACUUGUACAUCAGCGCAAGGGGCAGAAUGUUACACUGCAAAUGGGGCGGACUAUCGGGGCACUCAGAACCAAACCUCCCUGCAUGCGGGGAGACCUUGUCUCUUUUGGAAUGAGACUUUCCAGCAUCCUUACAAUACCCUGAAAUACCCCAAUGGAGAGGGAGGGCUUGGAGAGCACAACUACUGCAGGAACCCUGAUGGAGAUGUCAGCCCCUGGUGCUACAUUGCAGAGUGUGAGGAUGGAGUGUAUUGGAAAUACUGUGAGAUUCCAUCUUGCCGAAUGCCUGGGAAUCUUGGCUGUUACAAGGACUAUGGAGAUCCCCCUCUUACUGGCAUCAGUGAGACCUCAAACAAACUCACUAUCCAAACCUGCAUCAGCUUCUGCCGAAAUCAGCAGUUCAAGGCUUUCUCACCAGCCCUAAAUGGCACCCCUGAAGCUCUGUCAUCUGCAGAACACCCUGCCAGCUUUCUCCUGGCCCUGCUCUUAAUCAUUCUCCUCCAAAUGUUUGCAGGCAUGGAGUCAGGCUAUGCCUGUUUCUGUGGAAAUAACCCUGACUAUUGGCGCUAUGGGGAGGCAGUCAGCACAGAAUGCAACAGUGUCUGUUUUGGCGACCAUACCCAACCCUGUGGUGGUGACGGCAGGGUCAUCCUCUUUGACACCCUCAUUGGUGCCUGUGGGGGGAACUAUACCUCCCCAACAUCUGUGAUCUAUUCUCCAGAUUUCCCUGACACCUAUGCCACAGGCAGGGUGUGCUACUGGACCAUACAAAUUCCAGGAGCAUCUCAGAUCCAGUUCAACUUCAUUCUCUUUGACAUCAAGGACUCCACAGACAUGGUGGAGGUGCUGGAUGGCUACACCUACCAUGUGCUGGCUCGUUUUGAUGGCAGAAACCGGCCUCCCAUCUCUUUUAAUGUCUCUUUGGAUUUUGUCAUUUUGUAUUUUUUCUCAGAUCAAAUAAAUCAGGCCCAGGGAUUUGCUGUCGUGUACAGAGCUACCAAAGAAAAGCUACAGCAGGACAUUACUACAGUCAAUCAGAAAUUUACUGAGGUGAUAACUGAACAAGCAAAUCUCCGCAUCAAUGCAGCCCAGUCUUCAAAGAUACUUUAUGUCAUCACAACCAGUCCGAGUCAUCCCCCUAGCAUCAUGUCUGAGUGGACAGUAUAUGGCCUCACAGCUCUCUUCAUCAUAACUGUCUCAGCCAUAUUGGCAAAGAUACUUCUGCAUUACAUAAUGAAAUCUCAUCAGGCACCUUCUUCAGCUGAGAUAGGGGAUUCUCACCAAGCAACUACUGCAGGAGAGAUCUGGAGUAUUUUUUACAAGCCAUCCACCUCCAUCUCCAUCUUCAAGAAAAAAUUUAAGAGCCAACAAGAUGAUUGCAACCUCCUUGUGGGACACUAAAGUGACAGUCACGCCAUGAGACACAUUAUUCUCCUGCAGUUCAAAGUGUAUUGGGGAUAAUCUUUUUCCUCUUUCUCCUUGUUUUCCAAAGGAUCUGGACAGACCAUUUCUGGAGUUCCAUGGUGCACACCAGACAUGGGAAAACCAGCUGCUAUAACCAUUUUGAAGUAUCUGGAGCUUGUCAGCUCUCUCAUCCUUCUAAAUAUGGUCUUAAACCACUUCGCUUAAAAUAAAAACAGAAUCUCUAAAA